AUGACUUUAUCGCAUACAACUUCAGUAUCACCUCGUCGAUCCAACAAUUUCUUACACGCCGACCGACCAUCAUUGGACGAACUACGACGAUCGUCUACCAAAUGGCUGAAUGGUGGUAGCAGCAAUGGCAGCAAUCUAUUUCGCAUUGGGAGUUCGCUUGCACGAAGGGCCACCUCCAUGACACCAGCACCUUCUCGGUCGACACCCCACCCUAGAGCCUCUUUACAAGAAACCAGGACAACAAAGAUACGAGCAAAGCCUAGCUUUGAUGGACGUUCCAGAAUUCGCCAAGAGAACGGGAAUACCGGCACGGAUAUAUAUGAUAGUGCUCAUGUUGUUGCUCAGCAAGAUCGGGAUCCAUCAUCCGGCAUGCAAUCGACGUUGACGGUUCUAUAUUGCGCUUAUCUAUCGGUCGUUGCCCGGGAAUUCAGACGACGCAUUAUUCUUGUGGAUCGUGUCAAGAAUGGUAUCGAAUACAAGAACGUAUUUGAUGGACGAGAAGCCAUUGACACACUGGCAGACAUCAUUGGCAAUACACAACGACGCGAUAUCGCUCUUCGAUUAGGACGCGCGCUUGGUGCACAACGCUUUUUUCACGAUGUCAACUAUGAGAGCCGAUUGGUCGACACAUUUACCGAAAUAUACCAGUUUUACGACGACAAUGAUUAUUUUGGUACAAGCAGCAGUGAUAGCAGCGUCAUUGUAUCCACCACUGGAACAGAGGAUUCGAUCGAGGCAACAACACCCGAAUAUGAUUCAUCCAUGGAACAACAACAACAUCAACAACAACAACCAUCCACGUUGCCGAAUGGUGUCUUUACAGACUUGACCUAUUGUUAUGUGCCCACUUGUGUCGGCAAAAAACCGUGCUACAGCCACACUUGCCCAAAACGGGAGAGAUUGCACAAGCGUCCUGACAGUAUCGAUGCACGUCUUGCACGAUCCACAACGCAUGCAUACCUGCGACAACAAGAACAACAACUUUGGUCAAAUACGGCUCCACCUUACAUUGCAGCAACGGUGUCUUCCAGUGAAAGAAAACGCCAAGAAACCAUCUUUGAACUUGUGUACACCGAAGAGAACUUUGUAAAAGAUCUUGAAUACAUUCAUGAUAUGUGGAUACAGCCAUUACAAGAACGCGACAUCAUUCCUGAAUCACGGCGUGAGACGUUUAUCAAUAAGGUGUUUUGCAACAUUAUGGCGAUUCAUCAAGUGAAUCAUCGUUUCCUUUCGGCAUUGCGUGUACUACAAGAAGAAAAUCCGAUUGUGGCACAAAUCGGCGAUGUGGUGCUGGAUUUUGUUAUGCAAUUGGAACCGUUUUUACUCUAUGGUGCACGACAACAUGAAGCAAAGUACAUGCUGGAUCAGGAGCGUGUCAAUAAUAAAAAGUUUGCAGUAUUUGCGGAGGAAACAGAGCGUGAUCCAUCGUCGUACAGGCUUGAAUUGGAUGGUUACCUGAGUAAACCCACAGCUCGGCUUGGUCGCUAUACCCUGUUUCUGGAUGCCAUAUUGAAACACACCCCACCGGAUAAUCCAGAUCGCAUCAAUAUACCAAAGGCAACUGAUAUCAUCAAACAAUUCUUGACACGCGUCAAUGAAGAGAACGGCAAAGCCAAAAAUCGAUUCGAUUUGGAACGCAUCGACCAAAAGCUGCUCUUUAAAUCUGACAAAGUGGAUCUCAAGCUCUUGGAGCAAGAUCGAGUCUUGGUGAAGCAAGUCAAAUUAUGCAAGAACCCAAAUGCUGAUGCACCACCCAAUUACCUCGUAUUGCUGUUUGAUCAUUAUCUGGUGAUGACCAAAGUCAAAAUGAUUAACCGACAGGAGCGAUAUGUGGUGAAGCGGAGGCCCAUCCCUUUGGAAUUAUUGGAGGUUUCCUUACCAGCAGCACCACGUCGAUCCAGCUCCAUUCUUCCAUCCAUGAGCCACGCCAAUCGUGCUGAUCCAUCCGCUGUCCCUAACAGGCAAACGGCUGGUAAAGCAACCUUUCCCAUUGUGUUCCAGCAUAUUGGUAGGAGGGGUACCAACACGAGUCUCACCUUGUACGCUCCUGCAUUGCCGAUCCUUAAGCCUUGGGUGGAACAAAUUCGGAUUCAGCAAAGCCUAAGAUCAAAGCGUGAGCCUGUAUUUGCCAUGAUACCUGCAGUACAAGAGCAUCGAUUUUUGGAUGAUGUUCGUAUCAAUCACAUUGUUACCUUUAACAAUGGGCAGCAAUAUGUUCUUGCAACGGAUGCUGGUGUCUAUGUUGGCCAUACUGGAAGAUCAAGCAAACCCCACAAGAUAUUAGCUGUGGAUAGGGUGGCCCAAGUACAAGUAUUGGAGGAAGCACAAUUGCUCUUAAUACUAGCAGACAAGACUUUGUAUGAAUAUAGUUUGGAUGUCGUGAACAACAAGCCCGAAGAACAAGCCGCUGGUCGACCUAUACAAUCCCAUGUACCCCAUUUUCAUGUGGGUUCAAGUCUCGGACGCAAGCUUGUGUGUAUUCCACGCGUUACGACUCCUUUGAACACCAACAUCACCCUUUUCGAACCAUCACGACCCAAUCAAAUGGAACGCAACAAGCGAUUUCUCGGCAAAAUCGUCAAAAAGUCAUCAUCAUCUUCAUCAUCAUCACCCUCCGACAUCCAUCUCAAAAAAUUCAAAGAAUGUUAUAUACCAAGUGAAGCCUGGGCCCUCGAGUUAUCUCAAAGUCAGAUGUUGAUCACCUGUCCUCGAGGAAUCAUCAUGGUAGACCUACGCUCUAAUCAAACACAACAAAUGCUGAAUCCAGAUGACAGGAGCCUAUCGUUUAUCACUGAACGUGAAAAGGAUGAAUCCCGGUUAAACAUACGAGCACCCAUGAAGCAUAUUGCUGUUUUUCGUGCAGUGCGAGGUGAUCAUUUUGUUUGCUAUGAUGAAUUUGGUUUCUAUAUUGAUGGCAGAGGUAAUCGCAAUCAUCGCAACUUUAAGAUUGAGUUUGAAGGUUCUCCUGAAGCCUACGCUUUUGCUUAUCCCUACGUUGUUGCCUUUGAGCCAAAUUUUAUCGAGAUCCGCAAUGUCGUUACUGGUGCCCUUGAGCAGAUAAUACGUGGCAGAGAUAUACGCUGUUUAAACAAUGGACACAAGACCGAGAAACCCUUCAUUUAUGGCGUUAUGGGUGAUCCAUCCCAGCCUACAUUUCAGUACAUAUUCCAACUGCAGCCUCUCUUUACCAAUUGA